CGAUCGUGCAGGGAACUCUGCAACCAUCCCACGCGGUCUUGUACGUCCUUCCUGUCUGCCGCCCAGCAUGCUUUCGACAGAAGCGAGAACAGCUGGGAGAGCCCGCUCCAAGGCACAACAGCAGCAGCAGCAGCGCAACAGGGCCACUAGCCCCAGCUCGUCUCCGGAGCCCGACGACGCGCAGAAGCAUCUUACCGCGCUUCCCUCGGCCAUCGCGCAGAUAUUUUCAGCCUCGCAGCACUCGCUGGCCGUGCACCGCAAGCACGUCGUCGCGCUUUUCAACCAGCACGCCUCGGUGGCCCGCUUGAUGCAGGAGACGCCGAGGGGCACCAAGCUCGUCGGCGAAAAGGCGUUCAACGACGCUUUCAUCCCUUGUGUCAACCGUGUGCUCUCCGUCAAGAAGGGCGAGACCGUUGCAGACCGCUGCCUUAAGUUCAUCUCAGCGUAUGCCCAUUAUGCACAGAUGGCUUUCCGCAGGCAAGCGCGCGAAGAGGCGGGUACCGCUGGUGAUGAUGAAGACGAGGACGACGAAGAUGAUACGACGGCGACUCGUUUCGUCGAGAUCCUCCUCAAGCAUUGUCUGCGUGGAUUCGGAGCAAAGAAUAAGAAUGUUCGCCUGAGGUGCUGCCAGCUAGUAGCACUCCUCGUCAACAACCUCGAGAGCUUGAGCGACGACCUAUUCGAGACUCUCAAGUCAUUUUUACUCGAACGUGUGAACGACAAGGAGAGCUCCGUGCGCGUGCAGGCCAUUGUCGCCAUCGCUAAAUUGCAGCAGGCCUCUGGCGACGACGUCGAACAGGGCGAGGAGGAUGAGGUGCAGGACAUGCUCGUGUGGAUGCUGCGCCACGAUCCCAGCGCAGAGGUUCGAAGAGCAGCGUUGUUCAACCUCUCGCUGACUUCCACUACCUUCCCGCACAUCCUCGAGCGCCUGCGUGACGUCGAUGCGAUCAACCGGCGCUGCGUCUUCCUCGGCUCGCUCGCCAUGCUCCCCGCCCUACUACCCUCGGCCGCCCAAGUGCAGCAAGCCUCCACCAGUUCUCAGCUGCUGAGCCCAAAGACAACGAGCGAGGCGAUCGGUGUCGGUCUACGCGACCGCGAGGAAAGCGUGCGCCGUGCGACCAAAAAGCUCAUGGGCACCUGGAUCGACGCAUGCAACGGCGACCUAGAGGAUUUCCUGAGGCGCUUCGACCUGCUCUCGCCCAGCGGGUCCGGCAUGGAGGUGGCACAGCAGGCUCUCGCGACCAUGUUCGACGCCAAACCCGCGCUGGCGGACCAUGUCGUGCUGGUGGACGACGCGUUCUGGAACGACCUGACGCCCGCAAAAGCCCUGCUUGCUAAAGUCCUGCUCGAUCAUUGGCGCGACAAGACGCGCGAGCUGAACAGGUGGGAGAACGCCAUGCCGCCCGUCACCGCGCUCGCUUUCCGUGUGCAGAAGCACUUCAAUGACAUGAUAGCUGCGAGCGAGCAGCAGCAGCAGAAGCGACAAGACCAAGAAGGAGACGAGUACGCAAAGCAGGAGCGCAUCGUUCUGCUUCUACUGCAGAUCGCACUACACGCAGACUACGCAGAUGAGAUUGGCCGCCGCAAAAUGUUUGGUCUGCUGCGCGAGAUGAUGUCGACUCACGCGCACGCCUCGUUGCUUUCUGAUGACCUCACCGCCGCGUGCCUGGACUUGCUGCUCAAGCUGAGCAACGGGCAGCGCGACUUUAUGCGCAUCGUCGUGGAAAUCACGCAACAGCUUGAAGACGAUGACUUCAGCCAAGACGAAGACGAGUGUGUCGAAGCAAGCCAAGAUCUCGUCGCAGCACCUGAUGAGACGACGCUGCCGGUGACGUCCAAUUGCCGAAUGAGUGGCAGCAAGAAACGGCCAAGCAAAACCGGCGUAUCAGAGGAAGAGCUCGUCGAGCGCAAUGCACGACGUCUGACCAUCGUGCGCGGCAUGCUCGAACGCGUCGGUGGCGCAUUGCAAGAAAAUACCGCCUUCCAUGGCCUGAUCCCGCAGCUGAUUGCACCGGCCGUCCGCUCCAAGGACGCGUGGGUUCGCGAGCAAGGUCUGACUUGCCUGGGCCUCAGCUGCCUGCUUGACAAGAAGCUUGCGCUUGAGACGUUCCCGCUCUUUCUCGACCAGGUGCAGCGCGGCGCUGACGGCGUCAAGCUGUGUGCAGUACAGCUGGUUUUUGAUUUGAUCAUCGCGCACGGCAUCCCGUACCUUGCCAGCCGCACCGUCGGCUCGCGCGAGGAGCUCGGCGACGACGAGUACGCCGUCAAGGCCAAGGAGGCGCUCGGCCAGAUCAUGUCCUUUCUGCUCUCGCUUCUCGAAGACGACGAUGAGGCGGUCCAGGCAUCUGCCGCGCUCGGCAUCGCCAAGUUAAUGCUCGCGGGGAUCGUCGACGAUGCGGACGAUGUGCUGAAGAGCAUGGUGCUCGUGUAUAUGAGCCCCGAGACUGCUGACAAUCAGGAGCUGCGACAGUGCCUGAGCUACUUCCUACCUGCGUAUUGCUACUCAUCGCCUAUUAACCAGCGGCGCCUGCAGCGCGUCUGGCUGGACACGCUCACCGUGUUAAGCGAUGUGUAUACGGACAAGGACGCUGAGCAGGAGAUGGUCGCGCCACAGCAGAUUGCGCUGCAGCUCAUCGACUGGAUGGACGCGGGAAAAGCCAUCUACCCCGGGACCAAGGACAGCAGCAUCAACGCUGAUGUGCUGGUUGACAUUCUUAAGGAGCUCGUCCGCGACCAGCGCGAUGAGCGAAAGAUGUUCGCGCAGCUCCUCGGCAAGGUCACCCUACCCGACGAGCUGCACGAGGCCAAGGUAAAUACCGUGCUCCUCCUCUGCGGCGUCCUGGCGGGGCUCGAUCCGUUCGACUCGACCGUCGCGGCGAACGCAUUCGCACGAUUCCAUGCAGCAGUCGAGAAACAGUACGCGGAUGCCGCCGAGGCGCUCGAUGCUCGCCAUUGCUUGCGCGCAGCAGCGGAUGGAGGCGCUGCGCAGGAGCCGGCGUACAUCGAUCUGCAGGAAUUCUUCGCCAAACUGAACAUCGAUGCGAUCAAGCUGCUCUCUGCGCCGACCACAUCCAAAGCUGCUGCUUCUGCCAAGCGAGCUGCGCCACGCGCAAGGGCCAAGACUGCAGCAGCCUCUUCGAAGAGUGCAGUAGGAACCCGAAGCCGCCGCAGAGGUGCAGCAGCGGAGGACGAAGGCGAUGAGACGCAAGAUGAUGAGGCCAGCAGCGCUGCGCUGCAGGACGAGGAGAACGACGAGGCGGACGAGGAAGAGGAAGCACAAGACGACUUUGAUGACUUAUGAAACGGCAUGUAGAUAUCCUUCGUGGGCUUGAACUGGCUCAGAACCUUGGAUCACGAUACUCU